AUGAACAUUCUAAACAAGACCAGAGAAUGUUAUUUAAGUUCUUUUUUUUUUAAGAAAAGAUUAAUACAAGUUUUAAGAAUUAAUAAAGUUAUUUAUAAAAUAGAACGGAAUUUUAUAACAAAAAGUUAUAUAAAGAAUGAUAAAAAUCCGAAACCGGUCGAAGGAAAAGUCCCUAGUUCUUUAGAACAAGCAACGGGAAUUGAGAAAUAUGAACUUUUGCAGAAGUUGUCGGGAAAAGAUGCUUUUGACCUUAAACCUCUUGAUGCGAGUCGUUUAGGAACUCUUAAGGAUCCUAUUGUUGUUGAAAGUCUUGAUAAAACACGUUUAAUAGGAUGUACAGGAUUUCCUGUAGAUUCUCAUGACGUACUUUGGUUUGAAUUAUCAGUUAAUAAAGAAAAUUCACGAUGUCCAGAAUGUGGUAGUGUUUAUAAAUUAAAUUUUACGGGAGGGGAUAUACAAAAUCAUCAUUAA